AUGGUAUGCGAUAAAUGUCAAGAGAAACUGACAAAAUUGGCCACUCCAGAUGUUUGGGACAAAGACAAUAAAAACAAAAAGCCUGGAAUGAUACUUCCAUCAUUCAAUAAGAACAAGUUUGAUCCGAUGGGAUAGAAUAAAUGUUAGAAAUGUAAAAAAAGAUAGGUUCAAAAAAAUGAGAAAUUCUGUCAAGAAUGUGCUUACAAGGAUGGCAUUUGCAAGAUGUGUGGAGUGAAAGUCUUAGAGACUAAAUUUUAUAGAUAAUCAAAUGUUUGA